GGAGCAUAUGUGAAACAUCAGAUGUAAAAGACAGAGGAUGUAACACGCAGGAGAAACACAGAGCAACACAUCCAUAUACUAAGAAUGAGUGAAACUCCAAUAGAGCUUGAGCCUCAGCUAUCAGUCCAGCCAUCGUCACAGCCAGAACCCGAGAGGGGGCUGCAGCCUCCACCUCUGUUCCAGCUGUCACUCCCCACCCAAGAUCCCUCCAACACCCAUCAACUAACCCAGCUCCAGCCUGAGUCUAACCCCGAGCACCAGCAACAAACAAAGCCAGUGUGGAUAAACAUUCGUCUGCUGCUUCUUCUUUUUGUGGGGGGUUUUUUAUGUGCUGCCAUUCUGGGACUUGUUUACUUAUUUAUGCAUCGGAGAAAUAACCAGGCAGACAAAGUGACACCAUGUUUCUCCCCGGCCUGUCAGUGGGCCUCAGCCCGUCUGUCCUCAUCUGCUGAUCCCUUCAUGCAGCCCUGCGACUACUUUUUGUUCACAUGUCGGCCUGACAGACUUUCACCAGACAGCGGGGGGAGGCAAAGAGGUCAGGGCAUCCCUGGACAUCCACAGAACCAGAAGGAAAAGGCUGUGUGGCCCCAGAAGAGAUGGAGUGGAGUGGAAAAGAGUGGAGAGAGAGCAGUCAGAGGACAGAGAGAGGAGAAAAUACUGGACAGAAAAGCUGCACUGCUGCAGCAUCUCAGGGAGAUUUUGGAAUCAAACUCCAGACCGGGUAGCAGCAGUACAGCAGUGCAGAAGGCCAAAAGAUUUUACCGUUCCUGUUUGGACACCAAAUCCAUAGAGACUGCUGGAGCAGAGCCGUUCCUUACACUCAUCCAGAAACUGGGGGGCUGGGCUGUAUCAGGACGGUGGAAUCCGACUGACUUCAACUCCACCCUGGGCCUGCUCAUGAGAGACUACGCCACCUUCCCGUUCUUCAACCUCUAUGUGGGCAAAGACCCAAAUGAAAUUGCCCACGGGACGACCAAAAGAUACAUUCAGAUUGAUCAACCAGAUCUGUUGAUCCCGAUUGAAUGGAACAGCAAAGCACUGAAGUCUCAAGUUAAAACUCAGACAUUACGUCUCUUCUUGGCUUCAUGUCAGAGGUACCUGGAAAUGUUGGGAGCCCAGCCUAGCAACAACAUGAACCACGUGGGCAUGUUCAUCUCUCUGUCCUCUGAGCUCGCAGUGGCUACUGCACCUCUGCACUACCGCCUGUCCAAAGGACAGCUCUAUCAGCGCAUUACCAUCAGAGAGCUACAGAGCCAGGCUCCUGCCAUUGAUUGGCUGGGCUCUCUGCAGGCAGCUUUCCAUCCACUGGCUCUCACCGAAGACGACCAUGUCCUUCUACAUAACUCACCCUACAUUGUGCAAAUGUCCCGCGUCAUUGGCAAAUGGCUGAACAGGCACGAGCUGAGCCCCAGCGGGCCCGUACAUACUUAUAUGGUCCUCAAUCUGCUGCACACCGUGAUGCCGGCUCUAGACUCCAGGUUUUCUGAAACACAGAAGAAUUUGUCCGUGGCUCUGGGUGACACUGAAGGGGCUGCCCCUCGCUGGAAACACUGUGUGUUAGAGACUGAGAGAGGAUUCCACUUAGUUCUUACACAACGUCUCAGUGAAACAACGGCACACACAGAGGCUGAGGAGAUCAUUCAAAAUAUCUUUUCCUCCUUCAAGUCCAAAUUACAUGAACUCAAGUGGAACAAUCAGACGUCUCUCCAGACCGUCAUGAAAAAGGUUGAGUCUCUAAAGGCAAGACUCUGGACGACAAAAGAGAUCUCUAGUGAGGCUGAACUUGACCUGCUUUUUUCCAAGGUGGCGGUCAGCACACAUAGCUUCUUCUCCAACUACAUCCAGCUUCUGUCCUUGUGGCAAAAGAGACGCAGUCAACUGUUGACUGAGCAAGCGGAGGCAGCUGAUGUUCUGUCUGUCACACCAACUCUCCUCGGUAAUGAGCUCCUCUUUCCCAUGGGAAUGUUUACCCCUCCUCUCUUCCAUCACACCUAUCCCAGGGCGAUGAAUUAUGGUGUAAUGGGUUUCCUUAUUGCCAAAGAUAUCCUCCACCUGAUUCUGCCUGACAUUCACUCUCAGAGUGAGACGGUGCGUGCUGUGGGGGAAUGUGUGUGGGCUCACUACCUCUCUGUGGCAGAAAAAACAGGCCGAGGUGAAGCAGUUUCUCUCUUGCCAGGGCAGCAGCAGGAGGUGUGGGUGCAGUAUUCUGCACUGCAGAUAGCACUGCAGGCUUACAAUCAGAGUCUAAAGAACCAUCCGAUUGACACUUCCAUCUCAGGACUAUCACACACUCAUCUGCUUCUCACAUCUUUUUCUCAGGUUAACUGUGACUUGGAUCCGUACCAUGAAUUCAUGCCCUUGGAGCCCUCCUUUUUGAUUACAGUGAUUUGUGCCAAAUCUGACCUGUGUCCUAUGAGCCUGCAGUGUCCCCAUAAAACCCUGCAGCGUUCAUUACAAACAUGCUGAGUACACUCCUCUAAACACCUGCAGGUUUUGUUUUUUUGUAGUUAUUUAUGAUUAUGGAUUGUCUAGCAAAACUUUUUACAUGGUGCUUUAGACAUUAAGCAUGUUUACUGUGAUGUUUACAAACCGAUGUUACAGAGAUAAUUUAUUAAUACAGACAUUUAUGGUGAGAAUAGUUACAGUAUGUACAAGUAAAUUACAUUUUUUUAAUCAGUAGUUUGUUCUUGUUGAUAUGUUUAGAUUUUCAUAGAUUGCACAAGCUGUCAAAUGUUCAUUUAAAUCAAAUAAACAGUUUUCACUUAAUGUUUCACAGAUCAAUGUAUAUAAUGCCAUUGAAACACGGUUGGUUACAAAAUGUAAUCAGAUUAAAAAACUUAAGUAACUAUAGUCAACACAUAUUACAUUUUGGGAAAAAAGUGAAAUAAGAUUAGUUACUUUGUUAUAUUAUUAUUGAUAAUGGUGACUUCAUUUGUUUAUUUUUCACUGAUGAUUUAUGAAAAAAAGAGCUUUUAUUUCUUUUGUUUUACAUUGAAUAAUGCAAAAAAAGCAUUUUAUUUGGAUCAAAUGUGUUUUGAGAUGUUUAAAGACUUUUUGUGGCUGCCAUCAUUUUAUUAAGAUACAAAUUGCAGUAUUUCCAAUGCUUGAUUUCGUAAUCAUCCAAAAGUAGCAUAUUAAUGUUAAUUGCCGUUUUGAUUUUUUUUUCUUCUUUUCUGUUAUCCAAUGGGUUAUGUUAUUAAUACAUGAUUUAAUGUUUACUCUGACCCAACCAUGCCAAAUAAACAAAAACUGA